AUGUCAUUCCAAAUCCCGGCACGGUAUCCCUUGCCUUGUUCACCGAGCCUGGUGUGCCAGGACCGCUUUGACCUUCUCGAAGCAGAUGCAUGGGAUGUGCCAUUUUGGAGUAUAUUGAAAAAGGCUCUCUCGUUGAAGAUCACUGACAGCCAUGGUUUGAUCGAUCUCCUGCAGACGAUAGAUGUCACUCUUCGUGGCUGUGCCACCACUGAUCAUGGAUUCCUCCAGACAUUCCUGAGGGGAAUGGGUGAGGCGGCUGAGGGGCAAUUUUUCAAUAGGGUUUGGCCAGUGCUAGUUGAGAUAGCACUGGAGAUGCCCUCGCUCUUCCCAGAGUUCUCGCUUCCUAUUCUCUCCGAGCAACAUGACCAAGUAACCCUGUCUAGGCGGCAGGUCGCCUGCCUAGUUGUUCACCAGUUCCUCUGCUCUCUACCAUCUCAGCCGUGGCCGACUGAUAGCUCUCCAGACUUUCGAAUCUGGUAUUCGACUGAUAUCAGGCAUCCGAAGGCUGUAGCGGCUUAUAUAUCCUCAGUCUUUACGUACUUUGGGCGCCUCGCGGGAUCGAGUCAUGGCUCUGACUCCCCAUCCCUAUUGUCGGCAGAAUGGCCAAUCAUCUUUAGACUGCGAACCCUAGGAGUGCAUAAGAGUGCAAUACUGCACACCCUACCAAUGGGAUGUAUGCUUCGGCCCAUGACGGUGACCUACGAGCCUAUCAUCUCGACAAACCCGCUUUACUUGGCAUCCCUGAUGGGGCGUGCAUCGUUUCCGCAAAUAAGAACGUUGGUUUUGGUCAGAGCGCUACACAAGAAGAGAUGCACGUCGGCUCAACGCCAGAAUCCUGUCCGAUCGUCCUACUCACCCCAACUCUCCAAGACACUCAGAUCUUGGUUGUGCAGGGUGCAGAAGCCAUGA